ACAUGUAUUGUCGUUCAAACACCACCACCCAUAAUCCUACAGCAAAAUGAAAACUAUAGAGACGAUACGUCGCAAGAUAAGCGAUUCGUCAUUCACGUCGCAUUGUUUGUCGGCGUUUAUCAUACGACUGCUCCUGAUACUGUACGCCGAGGUUCAUGACGAGCUCUUCAGCGUGCCGUACACGGACGUCGACUACAGAGUAUUCACCGAUGCCGCCAGACACGUGGUGAAGGGCCGGUCGCCUUUCGAGCGUCACACUUAUCGCUAUUCACCGUUCUUGGCCUGGUUGUUGACGCCGAAUAUUAUAUUGUACAAAAACUUUGGCAAGCUGUUGUUCUCCGCGGCGGAUAUACUCAUAGCGAUCUCGAUCAGGAACAUUCUCGCGCAACAAAAAUGUAGCGCGACCACGAGGGACUUUUGUGCGUUGCUAUGGCUCUACAAUCCGAUGACGUUGGUGAUCUCGACGAGGGGCAACGCGGACUCCUUGGCGGUGCUCUUAGUCACUGUUACGUUGGACCAGCUGCAGAGGGACCAGUUCGUAUCUGCUGGACUGUUGCACGGGGUGUCUGUGCACUUCAGACUGUACCCGCUGAUGUUCAGCUUACCGAUGUACUUGUCCUUGAGCAAAGGUCGUCGCUUCUUGCCGAACAGUAGCCAGUGGAAAUUCGCAUCAAGUUGCGCGCUGUCGAUCACCGCGCUCACCGCCACCAGUUACCACCUGUACGGCUUCAAAUUUCUACAGGAGAGCCUAUUGUACCAUCUAGCGCGCAAAGACGCCAGGCACAACUUCUCGGUCUACUUCUACAUGCUCUAUCUGUCCGCCGAUCAACCACCCGACAUGCUGCAGAAGGUCCUCACCUUCUUGCCGCAAUUGCUGCUGCUGCUGAUCACGUCGUACUACUACUCGAAGAGGUCGGACUUACCGUUCGCCAUGUUUGUCCAGGCAAUAAUUGCAGUGAUAUACAAUCCGGUCUUGACUUCUCAGUACUUCUUCUGGUUCUUGUCCUUGUUACCGCUGUGCUUGCCAAGCAUCGGCAUGAAUCUGCGCAGAUGCGUAUGUCUGACGUGCAUUUGGAUCGCGAGUCAAGCCGUUUGGCUACUGGCGGCUUACCUGUUGGAGUUCCGCAGCCUCAAUUCGUUCAGCUUGCUUUGGUUGUCGAGCCUGUUGUUCUUCGCGGUUAACGUGAAGGUCUUGGUAGAUAUAAUUAGUCAUUAUAAAAAUUAGCUGUACACGCAUGUCGCGUAUACCCGGAUGAGACUCGCUUCGAGUUUCCCCGAGGGUUCUUUUUUGUACAUAUAAGUAUGAGAAAUAAAGAACGACUUGACAGGUGCAACGAGUGUCUCUGAUAUUUUGGCAGGCGUCAUUGGGGCGCGCAUUGAAGCAUUGCGGUGAAGACGGAACUCGAGAACGGAACGCGUGCGAAACUGAUCGAAGGAUCAGCGGAAGAAGAGUGUCCGG